AUGGCAAUUACAAUCAGUGAAAUAUUACUAGGAUCUAUUAUCCUUUUAUCAAUAUAUUCUUAUUUACAAAUCGUUUAUGAAAGUAUUCGUAAAGCUAAAAAUAAUGGUAGUAUGAAUGAAGAUGAUUUAUACAUUGCUGAAUUAAAACAAGCUCCAGGACCAUUACCAUGGCCGAUUUUAGGUAAUUUAGCAUUAUUGGGAAAAUAUAAAGUACCAUUUGAAGGAUUUACUGAAUUGGCAAAAAAAUUUGGUGAUGUUUAUACAUUAACGUUGGGUACAACACGUUGUCUAGUUGUAAAUAGUUUAGAAUCUAUACGUGAAGUAUUGAAUCAAAAUGGAAAAUUCUUUGGUGGACGUCCCGAUUUUAUACGUUAUCACAAAUUAUUUGGUGGAGAUCGAAAUAAUUCUUUAGCCUUAUGUGAUUGGUCACAAUUGCAACAAAAACGUCGAAAUUUAGCGCGUAAACAUUGUUCUCCGCGCAAUACGUCAUCAUAUUUUAAUAAAAUGAAUGAUGUUGGCUGUUUUGAAAUGCAAGAAUUUAUGGAAAAAUUAUCAAAUCAAAUUGAACCUGGUAAAGAAUUUCAUUUAAAACCACUAAUAAUGCAAACAUGUGCAAAUAUGUUUACACAAUAUAUGUGCUCGACUCGUUUUAACUAUGAAGAUAAAGAAUUUCAAACAAUUGUAAGAUACUUUGAUGAAAUAUUUUGGGAAAUAAAUCAAGGUUAUGCAAUAGAUUUUUUACCAUGGUUAUUACCAUUCUAUUCAAAUCAUAUGAACAAAAUGAUUAAUUGGUCAACAACAAUUCGUCAAUUCAUUUUAAAACGCAUUAUAAAUGAACGUGAAAAAUAUAUAAAUAGUGAUGAGCCUGAAAGAGAUUUUACUGAUGCUUUAUUAAAAAGUUUAUCUGAAGAUAAUAAUGAUGUUUCACGUGAUACAAUUAUAUUUAUGUUAGAGGAUUUUAUUGGUGGUCAUUCGGCAAUUGGAAAUUUAGUAAUGAUGGCAUUAGCAAGUAUUGCAAAAAAUCCAAAUAUUGCUAAAAAUAUUCAAAAUGAAAUUGAUGAAGUAACAAAAGGACAACGUUGUGUUACAUUAUUAGAUGCUGAAAAUAUGCCUUAUACAGUUGCAACUGUAUAUGAAGUACUACGUGAUUCAUCUUCACCAAUUGUACCACAUGUAGCUACAGAAGAUGUUGCAAUUAAUGGUUAUGGUGUAACAAAAGGCACAUUGGUAUUUAUUAAUAAUUUUAUUUUGAAUAAAAGUGAACAAUAUUGGGAUAAACCAAAUGAAUUUAAUCCUGAACGAUUUAUUGAAAAAGUUUAUGUGAAAAAAUCAUCCAUUUCAACAAAAAUAACAGAAACGAAUUUUAUAUCAUCAGCUUCAUCAUCAACGGCAUCAUUAUGUUCUUUAGAUUCAGAAUCAGACAUUGAUUCUGGAAUGGAAGAAACAGUUGAAAUAAAACGUUUAAAAAAAAAUAUACCACAUUUUUUACCAUUUAGUAUUGGAAAACGUACAUGUAUUGGACAAAAUUUGGUUAAAGGAUUUGGAUUUAUAAUGCUUGCAAAUAUUAUGCAAUCUUAUAAUAUUUCAAGUAAUAAUUUUCAUCAAAUACAAACAUUUCCAGCUUGCGUUGCACUUCCGCCAGAUACAUUUUCACUAAACCUGACACCAAGAAAUUUUUAA